CUGUUUCUCAAGGUCGUUGGCGCGUUCUUCGUCUGUGGUAUGCCGCGAGCCCGUGGAACGAGGCGUGGUCGCAGACGGUGCUACCUGCAAGAAAAACGGAGGAGCGAUGAACAGAACGUCAGUGAUGAAGAUGCCGUGCCGUCUCAGAAUGAUGAGACCUCCACUGAAAUCGACGACCAGUUAGUGGAUGUGAAGCCAAAAGAAAUUCCAGGCAACCAUGAAGUUCCCAUGGACGAGGAUGCCGAGGGCGCUGAAGACGAGGAAGAGGAUUUUGACGACGAGUUGAACACUCCGACAUGUGGUCGUCGCCUUACAGAGGGUGAAAUAGACGUGGAUGAUGCUGACAGUGUGAGUGUGGAGGAUGAGCCAGUCGAAGAGGAGGAAGAGACCGACGAAACUCUAACUCCGCCGGAGAAAGCGGCACGAAUUUGCCGACUUUCACCAAAGGAAGCAGUUGGCGAGGAGCUCGGAAUGUUUGUUUUCCUAGUGACGGCUACUCGCCCGUUGCGUGAGGCUUACGUAUGCGUACGAAAUUUUGCUUGUCUUUUGUGGUCAGAGGACCCGACGAUUCAAGUCACAGUCGGCAGACUAUCCGAUUUUGUGGCUAGUAACCUCUCAGAAGAGAAUACUCGGCUAAUGUUAGACGCUGGUCUUACCGUCCCACUGCCCAAUGGUCCGCAUCAACCGCCAGGUUCAACGUCCUCAGCAUCCUCGGUCUCCGAUGAUGCGGGUCGAAUUCGGACGAAUAAGGAUGGUACAUCUCGCACCACUUCGCGCCCAUCGGCCCUCCCAUCCAGUUGGUCACCAUGGGGUAGCCCUUCUGCCAAAGCAAACCUUGAAAAAAUGUGCUAUUAUGCUAUUCUGUUCCUGGAACGCUAUGGCUACAUUAAUUUCGGGAUGUUCAAGAUUCUCGCACCACCGCUCACACAUGUCAACCUGUCUCGUCAGACAUGCUCGGUUGACCUGAUCACAGAAUCCACAGCCACCCUUAGACGUACUCCGUCCGAGCGCUCUUUGGUAAGCACACGUCGUUCCGGCAGCACCAGUUCCCUUUCCAAUCCAACCCAGUCACUACAUGUGAUUGUUAUUGGUGCCGGUAUUUCUGGCCUCAUGGCCGCUCGUCAGCUGACCUACUUCGGCGUGAAGGUCACAAUUUUGGAAUCUCGUGAUCGUGUUGGUGGCCGCAUUUGGACAUUCAGACGAGGAGACUCGUAUAGUGAACUGGGCGCUAUGGUAGUCACCGGGUUGUCUGCUAAUCCAGUUUCUAUUCUGGUCAAACAAAUCCCCCUCACAUUGGUCCCCAUCAAUGUGGACUGUUCCCUGUACGAUCCACGAGGAAUGUUGGUCCCACGUGACGUGGACGAGAAAGUUGAAAAGGAGUUUAACAAACUUUUGGGCACCGCGGCUUUCCUAUGCCACACAAAGUCCAUGGACUCGAUCACCACUGAGACCGGAGAGGAAAAGCUACUGUCCCUGGGCGAGGCGUUGGAAAUGCUUAUUCGGUAUCAAGAAAAGCAUAAACUUCAGCUAAAAAUCACCCAUCGCAAACUAAUCGUGAAACUUUUGGAACGAAAGAACGAAUUAUUGGAUCAGAUUGCUGUUGAGCGACAGAACAUCGAGGAUGCUUAUGUGCGUUGGCAAACUGCCACAGCACGCGCCAAUUCGUGCCUGAUAGUUACUCCCCGAGUGAACACUGUUCCGUUGGGUAACUCGGCUGACGCAAAUACCAGUUCGCAACGAGAUGCAGAUGAUGGGGUUCUGAAGGAAACAUCUAUUCUGCGUACUGCAAGACCGCCAUCAAGGGGUGGUGGAGGCACUGCUGAAGAUAUCAAGCCCGACGUGGACAUGCUAGAAGUGGAGAAUCAGAAAUGUGGACCAGCCCAGGAAGAUAUCAACCCGCCACCUCGUGCCUCACUUCCGGUGUACAAUGUGAGCGCCCAGUUUGAGGUUCGGCGCCUUCUCAGUGAGCUUCACGAAGCGUGGAAGAAGUUUGAACCUCUUCAAGCUGCACUAACGCGCGUCAAUCGACAGUUGGAAAUUCUACUCCAGUCCCCACCUAAGGAAAUUUAUCUGACCGAUGAGGAGCGUCGCACUUUGAAUUGGCACUUUGCUAAUCUAGAGUUCGCGAACGCCACCCUGUUGAACAACCUGUCACUCCGUCACUGGGAUCAAGAUGACGCAUUCGAGUUGAAUGGCGAGCAUUGUGUGGUCCGUGAUGGAUAUUCGAGCAUGACAGAUGCUCUGGCCUCAGCCAUAACCAGUUCUCAAACCGGACCUGGCCCGGUUCCAUCCACCAUCACUCCGAAUUCAAAGCAACGUGAAGCACCGUGUCCCUACACUCUGGGACCAGGUCAUAUUGAGCUCAAGAGUUCAGUUAAACGGAUAAUAUAUACGGAGAAAGGUGUCCGGGUAGAUACCCUAAAUGCGGCCUUCAGUCAAGACGAUCUGAUUGAGAACGAAGCGGACGCGGUCGUGUGCACCCUUCCACUCGGCGUUCUCAAAGAAUCCGUACAACUGACCACGGAACACCGCACUGGCCCGAAAACCACUUCCAUCAGGGGUGAUAGUGGUGGCCACCAUCAACAGCUGGACCUGACCAAAUUGAGGGCUCCGCUGUUCGACCCCCCGCUGCCUGAUUGGAAAGCUGAUGCGAUUCAACGAUUGGGCUUUGGAGUUUUGAACAAAGUUGUUCUGGUGUUUGAAAAGUGCUUCUGGGAUCGAUCGCAGAAUUUGUUCGGGCACGUGAAUUCCACAAAAGAGUCACGUGGAGAAUUAUUCCUCUUCUGGUCCAUCACUGAUCGGCCCGUGUUGAUCGCUUUGGUUGCUGGCCAAGCUGCGUUAGACUUGGAAAAUAGCCGGCCCAGCCCUCAACGUGUCUCCCCUGGAUCUCGCCUUUCCACCAGUCAAGUCGUUGGUGGCGUGGCCGGAUCUAAGAGCACUACUGGCUCCUCUCCAGUCAGCGUCAUACAUGGUCUGCAAGAGCCUAUUGUUGCUAGGGCGAUGCACAUCCUUCGGGGAAUCUUUGGGUCCCAGGAUUCAUCGUACACCGCUUCUCUCGGUUCAUCUCAAGUGGAUCGCAAGAGAGUUGUGCCCAAUCCCAUCGACGCAAUUGUCACGCGUUGGUAUUCCGAUCCUGACUCACGUGGUUCCUAUUCCUACGUCGGUGUUGGAUCCACCGGUUUGGAUUACGACCUUCUUGGCAACCCCGUUAGUGGAAACAUCCUAUCGGGAGGACCGCAGGAAGCUGAGAAAUCAUCCGAACGUGUUUCUCCGUCAAAGAAACCGCCCACAGUGUCUCCUAGUCCCACUCCUCGGGUUUUCUUCGCCGGUGAACACACGUGUCGCUUCUAUCCAGCCACUGUCCACGGCGCCUUACUAAGUGGACUUCGCGAGGCAGCCCGUGUAGCAAACACCUUUUUCCCUGGUCCUGUCCCUGUUUCACAACAUGGCUUCACCCUCAGUUGUCCUGCUUCUCAAAUCAACACUGGUACUUGACUUGGACCCCCCACCCUCGUCCACCCAUCCCUCUUCUUCUUAGUAUAUAUUGCCAUGAAUGUACAAUAACAGAAAAUCC